GUACCUUCCCUGUACUCACCUUGAAGCAUUAUUUCCAUCCCUCACCAUUUAAUCCUAUCGCCUUCGUGUCACAAUGAGUUAUAUGAGAAGUCAGCUAUUGGCGUACCUAUUUUCUAUGAACGAUAUCUGCGGUAUAGUACCAGUCAUGGUCAACACGUAUUCAUUGGAUCAAGGCGUCAUGAUGCCUUUGCUGGACAAUGUCUUCAAUGUCAAGACUGAUGUUUAUUCAGAGGCUAUGAUGCUACGAAAGUCUUCAAACGGUCAACCUCAAUACUUCAAAUUGUUCUACACGCACCCUCAUCCAGACGUUCCUUGCAAUACCACUAUUUACAACAUUUGGAGUGCAGAUUUUUGCGGAGAACUUUUAGUGUUCUUAUUGGAUAAGACACAUUCUGCCUUUGUGGACAUCGACAAGCUUGGCGAUGUAGACCACGACAUCGGCAGCAUUGUCGCCGAUUUUCUUCAAAAUGAAGUACCGGAAUGCUUUUAUGAGCAAACAGUCUCCCCAGCUGAAGGAGCGGCACAUAUGACUCAAGUCUUUUCUACUAGGAACAUAUCUGCCUUUUUAUUCUCUGGUACUCCUACACCUUCCAUCGUUCCUGUUUCUGCUCACCAUUACAACAUUGACAAUGGUGCAACUUACCCCCUCACUCAGCACUAUUUCAUCGGUCGACAGGUUAACUCGGCACAUAUCAUCGUACACAACGGGCUCAAGUUUGUUAGAUAUCGCAUCUUUUAUACACUCUACAACGAAUCCACUGCUUCUAACGAGACCGUUCGUCGACAAGUAGGACAGAAUUUCUACGGUGACAUCCUCGUCUUUCGCUGUGCGUAUCUUUCCGAUACGCUCAAAGGAGUAAAUGGCUUAGAGCAUCGCACUGUUGUGAAAGCUGUGAAACGGUUCCUUCUGGCUUUGGAGAAGUCUGCGAUGACUGAUUAGACUCAUCGAAUUCGCUUCAAUCCACUUUUGCACUGUAUAUUUAUGACCGAUUUAUUUAUGUGAGACCCGUUAGACAUUCUGUGACAUUUCGUCUGCGGUCUUUUCCAACACACAAGUCAUAAUAAUUCCCAGUUUCGUAUGAUGGCCGUAAAUGCUUCUGGGUAUUGUUGAAGAGCUACGUUCUUGUGUUUUGUCCAUGACAUGUCAGGUUACUUUCAAAUCAUCGUUGAAAUCCCACUCCCAUUGUAUUGCGCAAUAAAUAGCUAUUGGCACU